AUGAUUGUCGAUGAUCUAGAGAAAGGAGGAAUGAAUAGGCAAUGGUGCGCUGAGGUUAAGGAAAGGCUUAAGAGUGAAAAACGCUACUUAAAGAACAAUUAUCGCGUUCACUGCAAUCCAGAGGAAGCUUUAUGUCCUGAUCAUUGCCGCAAGUUCGCUUUAAGUGACGAACAAGAUCCCGACUUCCAGGAGAAAUGCUCCCAUCAACAAAACUGUAACGAGUGUCAAAAUCUGCGAAAUGUCUUAGAUGAAGUCAAAGACAAAGUUCGAGGUCCAUUUUGGAUCCCCUACGGCAGUGAACAUCGAGACGCUCUGCUAUAUGACUUCAAACUGGCACAGAUAUUUUGA